GCACCACCGCCCGCGUCACUGCAUCCCCCCAUUCGGGAACAUUCGUUCGAUAACAGGCGUCGCGUUGCGGUAGGUUUCGUAUGACGAACGUUCGCCGAAGGUUUCGGCAUCCGUGCGAGAAACAGUGUUUAAAAAUGUAUAUUACCCAAAUAUGACAGUGUAUAAAGUGCUGAAUUUUUGUACGUCGCAUUUAACGAAGUUAGUGCAUAGUUUAGUGAGUGUGUGAUGAAAAAUCAAAGUUUUACGCAUUGAAGCAGGUUUAUAAGUAUUCUGCCAAAUUGUUGAGUAUCUAAUCAAAAGUGGACUGUGAUCGCCUUAUAGGCGUUAAAUUAUAAGUUAAUAGUGUAACAUUAAGUGCUUGUUUACCAAAUAUUUAUACCUUGUAACCAAUAAAUCAGCCUUAACUAUAGAACGAAAUCACCUUGAAGGACCAAAAGAAUUUUGUAAACUUUUUAAUAGUUGAUGAUCGCCUUAAUUUUUUACGAGAUCCUAGUGUAAGUGUAAAUAAAUGUCAGUGCUUGAGAGCUGUUUUUUACUGGAUCAUUUUGUACGAUUACAACGAAUUCUUGUAGAAUGGUAGAUUUGAGGGAGUGUUGUUUGUGGUGGUUCCGUGACAACGUGAGGUGGUGUUAAAAAGUGGGCAAGUACUGAGAAGCAGUGAUCAUGGAGCGCUGUGAUGGAUUCCUGGUGUACAGAAAGCCUGUCUACAGGGUCUUCCAGUAUUUGGAAACGUAAGCGCCUACCCGUACCGUAGUUAGGUGCAUGGCAUGCUAAGUAAGCGAGUCACAUUUUGUCUGCCACGCCAUGAGCCGGAGGGCGGCGGGCGUUGCGGCGAGGGCCCGCUAGCGCGCGCCAUGCAGCCCGCGCCACCGGGCGGCUCGCCCAAGCGCCACCAGAACUCGGCGCCCGCGCAUGGUGCCGCAGCAGGCGACCAGUCCACAUUGAAGGUGCACCUUCCGAACGGAGGGUUCAACGUGGUGCGCGCAUCAGCUGACGAGGAUGUGAGGUCCGUGCUCAGGCUGCUGGCAGCCAGGCUAGCGGCCGGAGACAGGGUCUACACGUCCUGUUAUGCGUUAAGGGCGAAGAGGCUUACUACGGGCAAGAUCCGCUGGAUCCACCAAGACACGCCAGUAUCGGAGUUGCUCACAAAAUGGCCGGCGAGCGAGUGGCGGCUGGAGCUGCGUGUGCGCUACCUGCCCGCGAAUCUACGCGAUCUAUGCGACGCCGACCGAGUCACCUUCCAUUAUUAUUACGACCAGGUGCGACACGACUACCUCAACGCCAAUCAUCCUAUGGUAGACCAGGAGUUGGCGAUACAAAUAUGUUGUUUAGAAAUAAAAUACUUCUGUAAGGAUAUGCAGAUAUCUCUGGAUAAGAAGUCCAACAUCGAGUACUUGGAGAAGGAGUUUGGUUUGCACAAGUUCCUCCCCAAGUCUGUGCUCGACGCCAUCAAGCCCAAGGUGCUUAAGAAAGCGAUACAGCAACAGUUUAAAAAGGUGGCUAACCUAAGCGACACGGAAUGUAUGCUGAAAUACCUGGACACCAUGCACACACACUACGGGUACGACCGGGAGACGUUCACAGGAGCCCUCGGUACCGGCUGGGCCAUACCCGUCGAGUUAGCUAUCGGACCUUUUAUAGAUAUUUCAUACGUAUCUCACAAGGCGGGCGAGCCCCCCACGUACACGAAGAUCGCGUCGUUCUCCGACAUCGUGGCCGUGCAGACGCUCAAGUCCAACUGCACGCAACAGUCGCAGACGCAGAGUGGUUCAUGCGGCAAGGCAGCGCUACAGUUACGAGUGAAGGGCGCAACAGAAACGCUUACUAUAACGUGCAGCAGUGUUGAGGCUGCAGAAAGUUUAGCAGAUUUAGUUGACGGAUACUGUAGACUGGUCACAGAAUCACAAACCUCAUUAUGGAAUAGAACGACUACCGUUUGGAAACAACUGAACUGCCAGUGUAGAACUGAAAUGAGCAGCAGUUCGUCAGAAGGUAAGACGAGUUCGUGGGAAGCGAACACAGCGACGCUGCUCUCUGAAGAUUAUGCCGAAAUCGUGGAUGACGACGCCGAUUACUCUACGCCCGCAGUUCGAGAUUACGAGUUAGUACGAAAUCAAAUAGAAUUAACCGGCAUUAUCGGGGAAGGACAGUUUGGAGAUGUACAUAAAGGCACAUGUAAAGUGACGUCAUCGAACCACCCGUCGCUCCGGCGGCAGCUGGCGGCGGGCGCGGCGCGGGGGGAGGCGCUACUGCCCGUCGCCGUCAAGACCUGCAAGAUGGACGCCGAUCUCGAUACCGCUGAGAAGUUUCUGGAAGAGGCUUACAUAAUGCAGCAGUUCUCUCACCCGCACAUCAUCGGGCUGGUCGGCGUGUGCAGCUCGCCGCCGAUAUGGAUCGUCAUGGAGCUCGCCACGCUCGGCGAGAUGAGGGCCUAUCUGCAGCAGAAUGCACACAGACUAGAAACGUGCACACUAGUGUUGUACAUCUACCAGCUAUCGACAGCGCUGAGUUACCUCGAGAGCAAGAAAUUCGUGCAUCGAGACAUCGCCGCUAGAAAUGUGCUCGUGUCUACGCCUACUUGUGUUAAGUUGGCAGACUUCGGCCUAUCAAAGAUGGUGGAAGACAAGUCGUACUACAAGGCGUCGCGCGGCAAGCUGCCCAUCAAGUGGAUGGCGCCCGAGUCCAUCAACUUCCGCCGGUUCACCUCAGCAUCCGAUGUCUGGAUGUUCGGUGUAUGCAUGUGGGAGAUCCUAAUGCUCGGCGUAAAACCAUUCAGCGGCGUGAAGAACAACGACGUGAUCGGAAAGUUAGAGAACGGGGAGCGACUCGCCCUCCCGCCGCGCUGUCCGCCGCGCCUCUACUCCGUCAUGUCGCGCUGCUGGGCCUACGAGCCCUCGCAGCGACCUGCCGCGCAUGCGCUCAAGGAGACACUGUUUGAGAUUCUCCAAGAGGAGCGCAGUUCGGCGUGGGAGACGAUGCGGCGAGAGAACCGGCGCGUGGCCGCCGCCUCCUUCAGCGAGGAGCCGCCGCCCAAGCCGCAGCGACCUGCCAACAAUAUUGCGGUGAGUGACACAACAGCGCAACCAGCGGGCGGUGGCGCAGCGCAGACAUACAUCGUAGCGCAGAAUCCGCUCGUCCUAGCUCACCUACUGCGAGAGAACCAAGCCCGAGCCCUCCACCCGCAGGCCUACACCACGCCCGCCUCGAGUCCAGAAUGCGACAGCGAACAAGCGGUGGAAAGGCGACUGCUCGCCGAGUUAGCGAGACAACAACACCAGAGUGAAGAGGACAGACGAUGGCUGCAAAUGCAAGAGAGUUUGACAAAGCGUUUAUCAAAUGUCCAGCUGUCUACCGAGUCAGAACCGGGAACGGAACAGAAGUCAGAAAGUACGAAUGAACCGAAGCCGUCUAGUCAACCGCAUUCAGCGCCAACGUCAGCAGAAACGAGUCCAGCGAAUACUGUGUCAAAGGAACGACCGCCCAGUGAAGACAAGUGCACAGAACCAGUAUACGUAGCGACUACCGGUGUGGUGCGGUGCGUGAUGCGGCUGGCGGGCGCGGCGGCGGCGGGCGCCGAGGCGGCCGGUCUACUCGCAGCUGUGCGGGCUGUGGGACACGAUCUAAGGGAGCUCUGUGCCACGGUUGAUAAAGUCGUCGUGCCCUUCCCGCAGCAUGCACAGAGGGAGGUGGAAAUGGCGCAUCAGGUGCUGAGCAAGGACAUGGCAGCGCUAGUGGAAGCCAUGCGUCUCGCUAUACAGUACCACAAUACUACGCUACACCACGAUUAUACCAAAAACAUGCUAGCAGCCGCUCACAUACUAGCAAUGGACGCCAAAAACCUACUCGACGUAGUAGACUGUAUACGCGCUCGACAUCCCCACGUGGACUGGCGCUCCGCCCUGGAGCCCGAGCCGGCUAGCCCUGGUCCGCAGGUUGUUACACCACAAAACCAAACGCUGACCUCUCAAAACCAGGUCUUUGCGCCUCAGAACCAAAUAUGCGUUCCUCAGAACCCGGUGUUAAGCACCCAGUCCUCUGUGCAAGAGGACGACACCCCGCCGCCCAAGCCUGACUUCAAGGUCAACCAGCCCGUCACCACCAGCCAGCACACAGUCACAGAACCGCCCAAAGAACACAGCAGUCUUCCCGCAGCACCCAACAGGGUGUCAACACUCAUACACAACUACAACCUCUACGGUAACGUCAGAGAACCACAACACAUAUAUGGCAACACUGAAGCCACCUCUUUCCCCUUCUCCUCAACGAGCUCCGAUGACGUGAAAGUAGACUCAGCCCCAAUGGAAUCCGUCAAAAGUCGGGUCCAAGCCAUCUCCGGCAAACUUGACUCACCCCCUAUUUACUCUAUCAGCAAAAAAAUGGUUCCUCUAGAUCAGAACGUUGGUCACACUGAUCAGGGGUGAAUGACAUCUAAAAGUUCUUCGCUUGUAGUGGCAUUUUUUUUUAUUUACGUCUUAUGACGUCGACAGCUUUACAUAGGGUACGACCUAAUAUUAGAACGACUAGUGUACUUACCCGGAUAUGCUCAUAGAUAUUAUCGUUUGCCGCUUGAAUUCUAUAGUGCGAUGCUUAUUUGGAAAAGACAGAAUGCUCAAUAUUAUCCGUAGCGAAUUAAGUGAGCCAAAUAAUUGUCGUUGUAUCCAUCCAUUUCGCGUUCCUUUUAUCGGAGUUCAUAUACAUAACCGUUUAUAUUACAUUUUUAUUCCUGUAAAUGGCGCGUUAAACUUCGGUGGAAACGUAAAAUGAAAACUAGAUAACAAAAAAACAUUCAAUUGUAUCUGUUUAAAUUCAUAAUCUCGAAAUCGAAGUCAAUUCUGCCUAAAAAUAAAAUGAAUGUAAUGUACAGGAUUCCACGCGUCUUAAAUAUUUUUGUCUAAAUGUAAAAUGGCCUAAAACAUCAUAUUGCGUUUUCACUCUUAAAGAUUCUAUCUCAUAAGUGCGGUUAAUAAAUAAUUUCAGCUUUAAAAUAGAAUUUGCAUUAAAACGCUUAUUUUAUAGUAAAAAGCGUGCCAUUUACAUGAACACAAAUAACUAAAUAUGUUGAUCAUUUAGUAAUAUCUAUUGACAUAUCAUCAGCAUUGUUGUGCUUCAAAUAAAUAUGUCGUGUUGCCUAUUCGUGAAUAUUAUUGUUCGACAUAUCUGUUCUGAAACUUCACACAUUUCAUAACAUCAUCAUACAACUAAGAAGUUAGUUGGGUAUGCCUGGAGACCGAGUCGUGAUAAUUUUGACAGCUGUCAUUAUAACUCUCAUGACUAUACAAACUGUCUCGGAACGUUGGACUCCAGUCAUACCUUAAAGCUCCUUGGUCAUAAAACUGUUGAUUGUGAAAUCAUGAUAAUAUUGAUUUGUGAUAUUAUUGCCAAUAAAAUUUGAAUACUUUUUAUAAUAAGGGCGGCUAUGUAACGCAGUACAGAGAGCACAUUCCUCAAACUUGCACCUAAUUAGUAAGUUUUGUAGUUAUUUUUCAUACAAAGUUUAUAUUUUUGGUGUAAAGGUAUUGCCGAUUUUAUACUCAACCAGUGGGUGUUGCACAAACCUAGAAACAUUUAUGGACCUACUCCUAAUUAAAUUGCAGAUUCUACCAAAAUGGUAGAAUUGAACUCAGCGAAAACGAUUUUAAACAAAUAUUCUUAUCGCAGUAUAAACAACACUUUUUUUUCAGGUCACUGUAAAUUAAAAUGACGUGGCUAUAAGGUUUGUGCUAGGCCCACAUAAUUGGUGCAUACGUGUAAGAAUGAAUUCUUCCGUAAAACAAUAAUUGUCUCGUUGUCGUUUGAAAUUCAUUAGAAAGUAUUAUUUUUUAAUGUAAAAUGUAUUAUUGCGAGUAACGUGUAUAUUUUCGUUAGGUAAGGUGCGUUUACAAGUCACAACUUAUUGUAACAUUUUGCAUUUAAUUCCUUAUACAUUGUCACAGUAUUCAUCCGGAUUUGAAUUUUAUAAUUUUCUUUGUAAAAAUGUACAAAACAAAUUGUCAAUAAUUAUUUUAAUUUUUUAUCCAAAGUUUUUAUUAUAAGCUUAGAUCUCAGAUGGAAUUUGUAGCGUACGUUAAAUCGAUUAGUUUUGUAAUUAUGAAAUAUCAGAAUUUAUUUAUUGACGAAUCUUCGGUUUAUUUGUAAAGUUGAUUUUCCUAAUGUGUUAGUAUUUAAGCAGGAUAUCAUUCCAAAGUAUAAUGGUUAUAGUAAGCAGUACGUAGUCCAUAUAUUAUUGUAGUGAGCUGCCUGAGAUUAUUUUCCAAAUAUCUGUUAAUGGUGGACCGGUUUUUGUUUAUGCAUUGAAUAAAGGACAAGUCAAUCAUUA